AUGGCACAAAGGUUAUUUGGCACGCUUGCCUUCAGUGCUCAAACCAUUGACCUGAGGAGUUGGGAGCUUCAGGUUGCUCGAUUAAAUUUACUGGCGAUUAUCAUUUUGGCCCGGGGAAAGUGUGGCCUCUGCACCUGCACAUCUCGGUACCUGGUUGCCAUGGCAUCUGCAGACCUAUUGGUCAUUAUCAUUGAGGUCAUGUUGUGGCGCAUCCUUUAUUAUUAUGUCCCAGGUUCAUUUCUGUACAUCACACCGCAGCAGAGGGAGAGGCUGCAGCGAGGACCAGGUGGCUGCCAAGAAUAUAUUUGGGUAGUGGCUGAACCCAAGACACUAAACGUCCUCCUCAUCCAACCAAAAAAAGACUCUGUGGUGGGUUGGAAGCCUCACCCAGGAUCAUUAUGUACCCUCACCCAGCACCAUUGUGUACCCUCACCCAGGAUUAUUGUGUACCCUCAACCAGGACCAUUGUGUGCCCUCUCCCAAGAUCAUUGUGUAGCCUCCCCCAGGACCAUUGUGUUCUCUCACCCAGGACCAUUGUGUACCCUCACCCAGGAUCAUUGUGUAGCCUCCCCCAGGACCAUUGUGUUUCCUCACCCAGGAUCAUUGUGCAGCCUCACCCAGGACCAUUGUGUACCCUCUCCCAGAAUCAUUGUGUACCCUCACCCAGGACCAUUGUGUCCCCUCACCCAGGAUCAUUGUGCAGCCUCACUCAGGAUCAUUGUGUCACCUCAUCCAGGAUCAUUAUGUGGCCUCACCCAGGACCAUUGUGUGGCCUCACUCAGGACCAUUGUGUACCCUCACCCAGGAUCAGUGUGUACUCUCACCCAGGAUCAUUGUUUACCCUCACCCAGGAUCAUUGUGUACCCUCAUCCAGGUUCAUUGUGUACCCUCACCCAGGACCAUUGUGUAGCCUCACCCAAGAUCAUUGUGAACCCUAACCCAGGACCAUUGUGUACUCUCACCCAGGAUCAUUGUAUACCCUCACCCGGGAUCAUUGUGUACUCUCACCCAGGAUCAUUGUGUACCCUCAUCCAGGACCAUUGUGUACCCUUACCCAGGAUCAUUGUGUACCCUCACCCAGGACCAUUGUGUCCCCUCACCCAGGAUCAUUGUGCAGCCUCACUCAGGAUCAUUGUGUCACCUCAUCCAGGAUCAUUAUGUGGCCUCACCCAGGACCAUUGUGUGGCCUCACUCAGGACCAUUGUGUACCCUCACCCAGGAUCAGUGUGUACUCUCACCCAGGAUCAUUGUUUACCCUCACCCAGGAUCAUUGUGUACCCUCAUCCAGGUUCAUUGUGUACCCUCACCCAGGACCAUUGUGUAGCCUCACCCAAGAUCAUUGUGAACCCUAACCCAGGACCAUUGUGUACUCUCACCCAGGAUCAUUGUGUAGCCUCACACAGGACUAUUGUGUACCCUCACCCAGGAUCAUUGUGUAGCCUCAACCAGGAUCAUUGUGUAGCCUCACCCAGAAUCAUUGUGUACCCUCACCCAGGAUCAUUGUAUAGCCUCACCCAGGAUCAUUGUGUACCCUCACCAAGGACCACCGUGUCGCCUCACUCAGGUCAAUUGCGUAUCCUCACUCAGGACCAUUGUGUUGCUUCACUCAGGACAUAUCGUGAACACAGGCGACUCUAGGUCAGCAAAACCCCAAAAACAAAGCUGGGCUUCACCCAAACGGUUUUCACUUUAUCUCGGAUCCAGGCUGGCAGACCAUUGUA